AUGGGCUCUAAGCAAGACUGGGACGAGUUGCUGAGAGAGCACCCAGUCCUCGCCCUCCCUAAGAGCGUGUCUGGGCCUUCUGGGAGGGGCGAGGCGGCCCUCCACCUCUCCUUGAGCUCGCUUCCCGACUUCGUUGACUUUGAUCCUGUGCAAGACAAACCUACUCCAUCUGGACGAAGACAGGCUAUUGCCGUGAAGGAUGCGGACUUGAUAGUAGCAGUGGGGUCUGAGGUUCGGAUAACUUCGCUGGGGGACUCGAAGGGGGCGAGGAACACGUCUCAGAAGACGUACAAAAUUCUGCAUACACCCUCAGUGCAGUUUGAAAUCCAUCAGAUUGCCUUGAACUCAAAUGGGCGACUUCUCGCUAUUGCAGGUGCUUUCCAAGUGGCCGUAAUUGUCCUUCCACGGACAGGCUACAACAAGCUCGUUACCGCGACGGUCGAGUGCAAGUCCUUCCAGGUUGGACAAUACCACCAUGCCAUUGAGACAUCUGCCCCAGUCGCCAAGAUUGACUGGCAUCCGUGGGGUCAAGGUGGGUCCACCUUACUGGUCCUGACGACCGAUGGAAAACUGCGAGAGUAUGACAUAUCCGAGGAUGCGGACGAACCGCAGCAAACAUUGUCGUUCGUCCCCGAGAAGAAGAGAGGGAGUUCGUUUCUUGCCGGCGAUGGCGGAGAGCGUGAAGCAGUCUCAUUUGCCCUCGGCAAAGGUCGAGCUGACUGGGGACCUCUCACCGUCUACGCCGUUAUGCGUAGUGGAGACAUCUAUGCAAUAUCCCCGUAUUUGCCGAAGAAUGCUUCAGUCCCGUCUUCUUACGUGCACGCGCUCGAAUGCUAUGUUUCCGCCAAGCAGGAGUUCCUCUCGAGCUCCACAACCGGCGGUCCCUCGUCUUCAGAUAGCCUGACUACUCUCUAUGACUAUCAGAGAAAGUACGUCAAUGCGUUGCUGAAACAGCUUCCUCCAGGUACAGCGUGGCCUGCAACAACACGCUUAGUACCUAUGCACCCACCGACCACUAUCAAAAGCUCGUGUGCAAGGCAGGGACCAUUCCUUCUGCAGCCCGCACCACGAGCUUUGGAAGGGAGUGAUGGCGGAGAUGCUACGGACAUCGUGUACUUGUCUUUCGGUGAUGAUGCUGCUGAAGAGAGUGAGGGCGAGACUGAGCGUCUAGGAUUAGUCCUUGUGGCCUUCCAAGAUGGCAAAGUCGACGUAUACUUGGACGUCGAGAAAGUGGAAGCGAGAUGGGAACACAAACAGCAUCCGUCAACCGACCUUCCAAUGCUGGCGGUAUACGAGAGCAUCGACCUUGGCAUCGUAUCUUCCCUCAAGAAGGCCAGCCCACGAAUCGGACAAUCCCUCCUUGACCUCAUCCAAGGGGACCACCCCUCCUUCCUACUUGACCCUAUCCAUGACGAUAACCUAUUCGUUUACCACGCGUUUGGAGUACAUGCUCUGAAUGUUGGAGCCUUGCUGAAAAGCCUGGCAGUCGUCCUCCGGGACAGCAACGAUAGCGAAGCGAACAGCAGUUCCGGGAUGGGGGUCGGUCUAGAAAACGUCAAGAGCACCGAUGUACAACCCGUCUUGCUGACCUUCUCGACGGAAAACAAAUCUUCGACACCAGUGAUUGGCGUCGCGAUCCCCAAUGACGUUUACCUCACCUACAGCAUAUUCGUCCUCACAUCCUCCAUGCGCAUGUCCGUCUUCCCCUUGACCCUCCGCUCCGAAACCUCUCUCGUCUCAGAGUCUCAACCUGCGACUACGGCGAAAACCCCUCCUGCUAUCGACCCUUCACCAGUCUCGUCGUCAUUGUUCACAUCCACACCCACACCGUCCUUAUUAUUCGGCACGUCACUCCCACCGGCCAGACCUACGCCCUCGACGAUCCCCACGCCUACGCUAAAGGGUCUUCCCGACGCCCCCGAUAGCAAGCCCGCGUACGUCUCCCUCCUCAGCGCACAACCAUGGAAGGUCCCCGAAGCCAUAGACCGGCCCAACGGCCUCCCGACCAACCCGCGUCUCUCCCUUCCCAACGGCUCCGUAGUGAUCGGAGACAAGAUCGAGCCCGAAACACUCCGCUUCCUCGCGUCGACCGUUGAAAAGCUCUCCUCGCAGAUCCACGACGUUCAACUCGCGCACCGCGCGGCCGAGGCGCGCGCCGCGCUGCAGGAGCAGGAGUUUAAACGGCAGCGCGACACGUGCGCGAAGAUGCUCGACAUCGUGCAUGCGCUGGAGGGUGAGAGGCAGCAGAGGGCACAGGAGCGCGUUGCGAAGGCGAGGGAGGAGCAGAAGGCGCUGUUGCAGAGGAUGGAGAGAGUGCUGCAGGGCUUGAUGUUGAAGGCGAGCCCGGAGCUGAGCGAGAGCGAGAGUAAGUGGUUUGAGGAGCUGAGGAGGACGAAGGCAGAGGUGGUGGGUGCGGGCAAGUAUGACGACCAGGCGUUGGCUGCUAGGGCUAAGCUGUUGCGUCGCGAGGUCGACAGAUUGUUGCCGCAUCUGAAGGAGAUGAAGGAGAAGGAGGUGGCCCGCAGGAAGGCUUUGGCGGAGCAUCGGGAGACUCUUGGGUUAUCACAGGCGUUCGAGCUGGGCAAGCGGUCUACGGAAGAGCGGGCAAGAAUCAGCCAAAUGGAAUCGGAGAUUCUCAGGCUGGCACAGCGGCUGGACAUUACGGUUGGACGACCACCUUCACAACAAGCGUCCCCGCCCAGCGAUGCUACAGACGGUUGA